GAGAAAGAGAGAAAUGUUACCUAGAGUUGGGGAGUAAAGAAAAGUUUCUGAGUGUAUGAAAUGUUGCCUACGGUUGGGGGAGUAAGCAAAAAUGAACAGUUAUUAUGACUUCUCUCCCGCUUCUCCCUCAGUAUAUUUUUCUUUUGUACUAUUAUUUGUGAUCAAGAAUGGAACACGAACUAAAUAAACCCAUAAGCGACACAAGAGAUGUGAUAGAGAAUCAACAGGAACCACUACAAGAACAAAUACCAGAAUCAACAGCACAAGAUGAAUUCAUGGAAACACUGAAUGAUUGCUUGUUAACAUUUUCCCACCACAACCAACAGCAACAACAACAGCAACAGAUUUUGAUAAUCAAUAUAUUUGCAUCACAACAACCCUACCUACAACAACAGGAGGAACAACAACAACCACAACAGGAGGAACAACAACCACAACAGCAGGAGGAACAACCAGGAGGAACAGCAACAACAACAGCAGCAACAACAGCAACAGAUUGUUAUAAUCAAUAAAUUAGCACCACAACAACUUAUCUUAGCAUUGCAGCAACAACAGCAACACCAACAACAACCCUACCUACAACAACAACCUGCCUACAACAACAACAACAACAAAAGAUUUUGAUGAUCAAUAUAGUCACAACAACAGCAACCCUACCAACAACCCAGUCACCACCAACGUCCACCUACACCCCACGUACAACCCCAAGACAUCUCAAGAUCACGAGUAAAUAAUGUAUUUAACCAAGCCGACUCAUCGACAGUUAAUGACAAUAAUACACUGAGCCAAUCCGACCCACCACCUUUUCUCCAACCAGCAGUUAAUCGUCCCGGUUCGCCUGGGG